AAAUACACGGCUAAAGCUUUGGUCUCGGUUUCAGUUUGUUUUGACCGGGCGACGCGCUCUGAACAUAGAGAGAUCUCCUCCUCCGAUCCAGAGAGAACCUACGAGUAUACCCCCGCGAACGGACAUGGUUUUUUUGCCACUUAGCACUAGCUUUGGAGUCUCAGUCCCUCACUUAUAAGUAAACAUAAUGAUCCCCGUGAUGAUGGGAAUAUAAUUUCCAACUAAAUGAUCGCUAGACAGCAGUGAAAACGAACAUCAAACACAAAUCAAACGGAAACAGAAAGCACAAAAGCAAACCAACAGCUGAAAAAACAGGCGCAUCGCGUAUACGCCACCAUGUCCAAUGGCAAGGCUGCUGCCGCAGCUGAGAAAAAUGGCUCAUUGAACGAUCGGCCAUUGUUCAUGCAAAAUGGCAAUGGACGUCUGGCCCCCGCAAACGAUGUGGAAGUCAGCAACUUCCGACGCGCCCUGCCACAGUUUUUAGCUGUUAGUAUUAAGAACAUAUUGCUAUUCGGCUAUGGCAUGACUUUGGGCUUCCCCACAAUUGUGAUACCUGCCAUCCAAGGAGGCGAGGGCCGCAGCGAAACAAACAGUGAUAUAAUCCUCAACAAAGAUGAGAUAUCCUGGUUCAGUUCCAUAAAUUUGAUAUGCGUGCCGCUGGGAUGCCUCUUCUCUGGCGUGCUAACACAGCCGCUGGGCAAGCGGCGUGCAAUGCAGUUUGUCAACCUGCCUAUACUGGCGGCCUGGUUAAUGUUUCACUUUGCGACGCGCACGGAGCACCUGUAUGCGGCUUUAUGCCUCGCUGGUCUCGGCGGUGGAUUGAUGGAGGCGCCGGUGCUGACCUAUGUGGCGGAGAUCACAGAGCCCAAGUAUCGUGGCAUACUGUCAGCGCUGGGCACCACCUGUGUCAUCACCGGGGUCUUUAUACAGUUCAUACUUGGCUCACUGAUGGACUGGCGGAGUGUGGCCGCGGUGAGUUCUGCCUUUCCGGUGAUUACCAUCGUAAUGCUGUGCUUUGUCCCGGAGAGUCCCGUGUGGCUGAUCAGGGAGCAGCGUUUCCGGGAGGCCGUCAAGUCGCUGCAGUGGCUGAGGGGCUGGGUGCCAGAGCACAAAAUCGAGGCGGAGUUCAAUCAAUUGUACGACGAAUUGAUCACACAGAAGGCCAUCGAGUGCACAGCCGAUGGGGUGCCAGUAGCACCCAGUCGUCGCACACUGGGCCAACGCCUACGAAUGUGGCGCAAGAGAAGCUUCCUUUUGCCCUUUCUUUUGGUCUCGUUCGCCUUUUUCACAGGACACUUUUCGGGCAAGACCCCCCUGCAGACUUACGCCGUACAGAUCUUCCACACCCUCAAGGCACCUAUGAAUAAAUACCAUGCCACCAUACUCCUUGGUGUGGCCGAGAUGUUAGCUACCAUUCUGGGCGUGAUACUCAUCCAUUUUACGGGCAAACGACCGCUGGUUCUGGUCUCCACCGUGGGCACGGGCCUCUGCUUCCUUGGCACUGCCACCUAUGCCCACUUUCUCAACGAAGUGCCUGGAUUCACAGUCAACAAUGUGGUGGUGAAUGCCUCAUCGAUUGUACCCAAGGAGGGCAUCCUUUCGCAGGCGAACAUAUCAAAGAUAUUUGAGAACGAACAGCAGGCCAUUCUACAGGAUCAGGUGGAUCAACUGACGACGCUGCUGCCAGAGAUGUUCGAGACAACUACAAUGUUUGACUUGGAGUCAUGGAAUCGCUCCAAAAGGGAGCUGGAGACCACCACCGAUGGCGUCCCAAUGGAGACUACAAUGUGGCCGACAGAGCCAUCGAGCAGUCCGGAGCCGCCUCCAAAUCCACCGCCCGCGAUGGCCACCAGCUCUGCAAAGCCCCCCAUUGCGGAGGAUCUGCUGCUGGCUGUCCCAAAACAAGAGAAAAACUACCUUGUGUGGGUGCCACUCAUCCUGCUGCUGCUAUCCGCGUUCUUUUCGCAUCUGGGCAUACGCAUGCUACCCUGGAUCCUGAUUGGUGAGGUCUUUCCAGCAGAAAUACGCAACAGCGCUUCGGGUUUUGCUGGCGGAGUGGGCUACAUCUUUGGUUUUCUGGCCAACAAACUGUUUCUGUGGAUGUUAGCCGCCUUGACGUUGCCGGGAACGUUUGCAUUUUAUGCCUCCGUGGCGUUCAUAGGGACUGUGGUAUUGUAUUACACGCUGCCAGAGACCGAAGGACGUACGCUUGGUGAAAUUGAGGCUCAUUUCUCCAAGAAAUCCGAUAUGAAUUUACUACGUAAACAGCCGAAAACGAAGCCACCCAUCAAAGAUGAAAUCCAGAUGCCGGGAAAUGCCAUCAAUGUGGACACAAUGCAGAGUUUUCAUGUGCCAAUCACAUCACAGCAGCAGUCCAAGAUCAUACAUUUGCAGCAAAGUGACUUUACGCCCAGAACGGCCCAGAAUGGACGAAGUGGGGCAACCAAUCUCGCGUUUGAGGAGAGCAAUACCACACAUCUGUGAGGGGGGUUUGAACCCAGCCGAACCAUCCUUUCCAAGUGCUUAACAUUCCAGUGAUAUUUCUGAGAAAUAAAUCUAAAUAUUUAGUUAUAUGUUUACACAAGAA